UUCAGACUGACCUGCGCUUCCAAUCAUCUGCCGUGAUGGCUCUUCAAGAAGCUGCUGAAGCAUACCUCGUCUCAUUGUUCGAGGACACCAACUUGGCCGCUAUCCACGCCAAGCGUGUUACCAUUCAACCAAAAGAUCUUGCUCUUGCACGGCGGCUGCGUGGCGAGCGUUCGUAGAGGGUUAUUUAUUCCUGGCUGGGUUGUAUUCUAUUGUAUCAUCUACUUUAUUUCGUACUAGACCAUUUGGCAUGCACCUUGCAAUGACGAGCCAAUUCCACAUACCACAAGGCUGACGUCGAGCGUGUUGAGGCUACCUUGGAAUUCUGUCAGCCACCGAGCUCGAAGCAUACAAAAACUCGCUCUUUGCUCUUUCCAACCCAUCACCAAUUUUGACUUCGCAUCUUUUACUCCACUACUCCACAUUCAUUCACAAUGCGCUCCUUUUUGACUCUCGCUCUCAUACUCCCGUCCGUGCUCGCAGCGCCUUUUAACGUCCACAAACAUGUAAGUCCCCAAUCAUUUCAUCAAGGCAUACUGCCGACUCCAUUCACCCGCCCUACACAGUCACCCCCCUGCAUCAUCGCAGGCAUCACCUACCCAAACCCUCAUCACACCCUCACCCUCCUUGGCAAACGAGAAAUUCGCGCUCCCACCGGAAUCUCCGAGCGCGCUUUCACCGACUUCCUCCUCUUAUGCCACAAGUCCGGCGGUCGUUCACGUUCAUCCUCCGCCCCCCUCAUCGCUCGUCAUCAAGGCAGCUACUUGUCCAACGCUCUCGGGGAUCCGGCAGGGAGCGAUGACACGACCACUCCAGGAGACGCUUCGUCUGGUGACUCGGAUCGGAGUGCUAGCCCUUCUGCUGCUAGUCCUUCGGGGGCUCCUGCGACUACCACUUCUUCGACUGCUCCAUCUCCUUCAGAGACCCCUGGAAGUACGACAGCUGGGUCCACGUCGACUGAUACUCCCGCCGGCGACAGCAACGACGCUCUUGGAACUCCGGCCAACGCUGCAGGAAGCCCUCCCUCCGGAUACACAGCUGCGAUCACCGAUCCCGCAGUAGCACAACCCGACUCAUCCGAGUCUGCGUUGGACACGUCGACGCCCCAAGGUUUGACUACCGAUUUUUCCGACUCUUUCGUGGACAGCAACGUAUCCAGCAGUUUUGGCGACGUAUCUGGCAGUAUGAGCGACCCGUUCGGCAGCUUUGACGACGUACCGGUCGAUGAUGUCGAGGAAGGAAACCCUGUCGCUAUGCAUGCUCAAGGCGGUGUCUAGGAAGUAUGGUCGUGUAUUGCUGAUUCUCUCUUCGAUAGUUGUGCGAAUAAACGAGGUACUAUGAUGUUAGUUUUUCGGAAGGCUCGUCCACCACUGCACAUUCCCAAGCUGUCCAGG